CUGCCUAACGUUAGCAGAAGAAGACGGUUACUGGGGUAACGUCAACAUCAUCUCGAGCUGCUACUCUGUUUUAAUUUAACUAUACCAUUUGGUUGACAUUUUAGUUAAACAAACUAAACAGCCGCUUCGGUUGGAAAUUUUAGAGUCUACUCUGUCGACGAAAAAGGCCAGAAAGGAAGUGUAAGGCAUCAUGGCGAGCCAGCGGCCUCCCUCCGGCAUGGGCCGGCCUAUGAGCCGCAGUGGGUCUGUGGUUCCUGGGGCUGGAAGACCUCCAACCGCUGUCAGACCUCCUCCUACAGCUAUACGUGUUGCAACUGGGAUGGUCCCAGGUACGAGUGGUCAUCCUGGUAUGAGGGGCGGCGUUCCCAUCUCCACCCCUGGAGUCCUGUCAGCACAGAUCAAAGUGACUGACAGGCCUGUCACCCAACAGGGGCUCAGUGGGAUGAAGACUGGCAUGAAAGGACCUCAGAGACAGAUUCUGGAUAAGUCUUACUACUUGGGCCUUCUCAGGAGUAAGAUCAACGAGUUGACCACUGAGACCAGCAAACUGCACAAAGAGAUUGACAACUACAACCAGGAGAAUUCUGUCUAUCUGUCUUAUGAGAAGAGAGCUGAAGGCCUGGCUGCAGAGAUUAGGGAUCUACAAGGCCAGCUUGCUGACUACAACAUGCUGGUGGACAAGCUCAACACCAACACAGAGAUGGAUGAAAUGGUUAAUGACUACAACAGUUUGAAAGCCCAGAAUGACAGCGAGGCUGAAAGCAUUGAUAGAAUCUUCACUGAGAGGAGAGAACGAGAGGAGGCUAUCAGGGCCAUUGAAGAGGAGAUCAGGAGGGAAAGACGUGUUGCUGACGAGGUUGUCCAGGCCAUGCCGGCCGCAAAGCAAGAGAAGUAUUUCACCAUGACAACAACCAAUGAGGAGCUGCUACAGGAGCUGACUGUUCUCCAGGAGGAGCUGGACAUCCUGCUGACCAGGAAGGAGGACUACGAAGCAGAGCUGUCCCACUCACAGAUAAAGCAGGAAGUGGUUCGACUUCAUGAGACUUUGUCAGCACUGGAGGCGAAGCGUGACACCAUGGAGGCAGAGCACAAGAGCCUGGGCUCCCCCCAGGAGGAGAGAGAGAAAUUAUUUAAACAGGUAAAGGAGGACAACCAGGAAAUAGCCAGCAUGGAAAGACAGCUGACAGAGAUCAGGGACAGGACCAGACAAAUCACUGAGGAGAUCCGACAGCUGGAGCAGGACUCAGAGGAAGCUCAGGGGGAGUGUCAACAGAAAUACAAGGAGCUGAAGAGGAAAGAGGAGGAAAUCGACCGGUUCUUAGAAUCAUUUGAGGAGUCCAAGGCUCAGGAGCAGGAGAAGAUGACCCAGAGCCAGGAGGACAUCGUCUCCCUCCUGGAGCACUGCAGCAGGAACAUGCUGCGGCUACGUCAGGUGGAUACAGUGACAGCCAGUGAGCUGAGGAACAUGCAGGAGGUGCUGGUCAGCAAAGAGACGGAGGUGGUCCAAUCAGAGAGCACCGCCAGGGGACUGACGACCGAGUCCCAGCGGCUGCAGCAUGACCUGGAGAAGGUGCAGCUGCUAGAGGGGAAGAUCUCAGGUGAGCUGAGCACCCUGAAGGAGCGCGUCGGCACCAUGGAGUCUGAGCUGCACACCUACAGAGACCUGGACACCCUGAGACACGCAGCAGAGGAGAAGAAGACAAGACUGCAGGAGGACCGUGUAUCUCUGACUCGUCGCCGGGAUUCAUUCAGACAGCUGUUAGAGGAGAUGAACCAGAAACACGAAGCUCUGAAGACCAAACUGCAAGAAAACGAGACUCAUGCUCAGCUGGCCAACUUGGAGAGGAAAUGGCAACACUUGGAGCAGAACAACUUUGUAAUGAAAGAGUUCAUCGCCUCGAAGUCUCAGGAGAGCGACUUCGACUCAGUCGCCAAGAACGUCUCCCAACAAGUGGCCGAGUACAACAAGAUCCUCAUAGACUCACUGCAGAACAACAGGAGUUAAACACACAGCACACACACACACACACACAAAGCUUCUAUUUAACACACCUGCAGUCUGACAACAUGUCAUUUUACUUUUAGUAAGCCUCAGUCUGAAUCUUUUAUUAUCUCAUAACUAAAUUCAGCCAUUUCUCUAUUUUCACUCUCAAGUCAAACUUUGUGAGUUUUGCCAGUUAAACAUUCAGUUUAUAGUGUUUUUGCAGUUGGUGAAAGUAGCAGUUUUUUUCAGACUGUAGCUGCUUUCUGUCCUUUAAAAAUUCCCUAAUGUUUCUGUUAGGCAAAGUUUGUAUCUAAAGUAUAUAUCUUCUAUAUUUUGUAUUUAAACUAACAGGAGAUUCUGCUGCAGUCUGUCAGUAGGUUUCUGUAGAAGUAUGAAUGUAUCUACGAAGGACGUUGAUCAUUUAAAUAAAGAGAUUUUGAGAAAAA